CCAAAAUAUGGCUGUCGUCGAACCUUAUAUCGAUGAGCACCUUCAGCAUCUACAAGACACCAAUGGAAGAUGCCGACGUGAUGCAUCAGUUUUAUGGGCUAUGCAUUCUGAGAAUUUUGCAUCUUGGUUAAAACAGCAGAUACCAAUUGAUUCAGACAGACAUGGAGAAGUUCUAAAAUGGUUGGCUUACGGUCCACGUUAUAUGGCACGGUCAUAUACAGGUUACAUAGUGAAUGGUCAACGGUUUCAUACAAGUUUAGUUGAUAGGAAAAAUCAGAAUAGUGGGGUUUUCUAUGAGGCAACAGCAGUCUGUAGGGCUAGUGCGAAAGAUACUUCACAAGUGGUUGAUUUGGUAUCUUACUACGGCAGAGUGAUAGACAUCAUACUAUUAGAUUAUAAUGUUUUUUAUGUUCCUCUCUUCCGGUGUCACUGGGCAGUAAUGGGUAAUGGAGCUAAGAUAGAAGAUGGUUUCACACUAGUUAACAUGAAUCAUAGUCAAGUCUCUUUUUUAAAAGAUCCAUAUAUAUUAGCAUCGCAAGCAAAGCAGGUGUUUUACUUAAGGGAAGACGCAGAAUCAAGUUGGCAUGUUGUUAUGCAAGUUCCUUCAAGAAGAUAUAAUAAAGAUUUGGAUGAUGGAAUUGCAGACAUUGGACUAUUACCAGCAAAUGUGGACAUGGAUGUUCACAUGGAUGAAUCUGAAAAUGCCCGAACUGAUUGUGAAGGCAUAUUUGUCUGAAAUGGAGUCUGUUUGUCAUUUACAUUGUUGUUGUUUUAUUUGCUAUGUCUGAUGACUACUUGGUAAUUAUUUUAUUUUUAGUUGUGUUUGUUUGGCAUUCACAUUCUUGUUUUAUUUGCUACGUCUGUUGACUGCUUGGUAAUUGUUUGAUUUGUAUUUGUGUUUCCAUUUGCUAUAUAUCUGAUGACUGCUUCGUAAUUGUUUAA